AUGUCGAGAAGAGCCCCUUCAAGAUCAUCAUCACUAAUCUACAAAAGAAUUGGUAGUACUAAUAAUAGCCUCCAUUCAAGAUCUUCAUCUCAGCGGCCCACCUUAAGGGCUGCUUAUGUUGAUAGUAGAUAUCGCGGUUUCUCCUCCUCUUCCUCCUCCUCCUCGUCUUCUUCCUCAUCCUCAUCCUCAUCCUCGUACCCUUCCAUGUCAUCAGUAAUGUAUGGAAGUAGAUCAUAUGCGUAUUCUUAUGCAUUGAGUAGUUCUGCAUAUACAAGUGGUCCCAAACGCCAAGAUAUAUUUGCCUUCACGGUCCUCUUGGAGGGGUGCGUGGACCCGGUCAUAGCUGAAGUUGUGGGGGUUAAGGAGGCUCUGAGUUGGAUAAAGAGACACCAAUGGGGUCGUGUUGAUGUUGAGACAGAUUCUUUGGUUGUUGUUCAAGCAACUCGAGGUUCGGUAUUCAUUCCAUCUCCUUUUGGUCAACAUGUGUCUGCUUGUCGUACAUUGUUGGCUUCCUUACCUUCAGUCACUAUUAAUUUUGUUAAACGUUCUGUAAACAAAGCUGCACACUGUCUUGCUCGUAGCUCUUGUUUGUAUUCAGAUCGUAUUACUAUUUUCAGUAAGAGUACUGCUCCUGCUGAUCUUUUAUCUAUUAUAAUGGUUGAAACUUCAUUCUAA